GCUUUAAGCUAAGCAAAAAUAACUAAUUCAGUGAGUUUUAUGUUUUGCUUUGCCAUUAGUUUUAUAUGUUUUUAUAUCGUUUCCUGUAAAUACAGUUUCAUCUACAAAUGGCAGGGAAGAAGAAAGAGGCAAGCCUGCAGGCAUCAGUUCUGAACCAAGAACAAUGGGAGGAAAUGCUUACUAUCAAAGGUUUGACAGUUGUGGAUGUUUACCAGCAGUGGUGCGGCCCCUGUCGAGCAGUGGUUAGUCUCCUCCGAAAGAUAAAGAACGAACUCAGUGAUGACCUGCUGCAUUUUGCCACUGCUGAAGCUGACAGUAUCGAUGCCCUGGAGAAGUAUCGAGGAAAAUGCGAACCCACCUUCCUUUUCUUUGGAGGUGGGGAGUUGGUGGCUGUGCUGCGAGGGGCCAACGCUCCGAUGCUCCAGAGGAUGAUUGUGRAGGAGCUAGCCAAGGAAAAGCUGGUCAUGGAGCAAGGCAGUGGUCGCAAAGUGGUGAAAGAUUUUGGUCUGUUGGAUGAAGAGAAGAGAGAGGAGGACGAGCUUCAGCAGCCACAAAAUGAAGAAAGUAUAAUUGUUCCUGCCARUAAAUCCUACACAGUUGCCAUCAUUAAGCCUGACGCAGUUGCUCAUGGCAAGGCAAAUGAGAUCAUUAUGAAGAUUCAAGACGCCGGGUUUGAGAUUCUUGCACACGAGGAGCGCWCUCUGACUGAAACGGAGGCUCGAGAUUUUUACCAGCAUAAAGCAGCGGAGGCUUGCUUUGAGGACUUGGUGCAGUUCAUGUCCAGUGGUCCCUCCCAUAUUCUGGUGCUUUCUCAGAUAGAGGGCACAGCCAAUAUCAUACCAGCAUGGCGUGAGUUCAUUGGCCCAGCAGACAUAGAGGAGGCCAGGAGAGAAAAGCCCGAAAGCAUARCUGGAAAGGAUCCCAGUUCUGGGUCUGGAGUAGGGAGUGAACAGCACAUUCUCGCCUGCUUGAUCAGACACACCCAAACGUUAUGCUUCUCUUUGGUUGAGCACCAGCCGAGCAUCCAUCUGGUCCUCUCUUCCUUCCCCCACCCGACUUCCUGCAGCUUGCGGGCACAAUACGGCACAGAGACGCUGUUCAACGCAGUGCAUGGCAGUGCGGACAGCGACCAGGCCAGCAUGGCGCUCGCCUUCUUCUUCCCCAACUUUAGGACGGCCUCCGACGCAGAGCAGGAUGGGGAGGAAGAGCGUGUGGAGAGGACGCUGGCUCUCAUCCGGCCCGACGUUGCCAGGGAGAACAGAGAUGAGAUUUUGGCCCAGAUUCACAAGUCGGGUUUCACAGUCGCCCUCCAAAAAGAGGUGAUGUUGACCGAAGAGCAGGUCAAACAGUUUUACUUCCAGCAUGUGGAUGAAGACUACUUUCCUGCACUUAUGCGAAACAUGACAAGUGGGCCUGUGCUGGCGUUAGCUCUGGCCAGGAAAGGAGCUGUCCAUCACUGGAAGAACAUCCUCGGCCCUCCUGACCUUCACAAAGCCAAAGAAGAGGAUCCUGAGUGUCUGAGGGCCAAAUUUGCUGUAGAAAAUGAGCCCAUCAACCAGCUUCAUGGCAGCGCAAAUCCUGAAGAGGCGGAAAGAGAGCUGAACUUUUUCUUUCCUCAACAACGGACACUGGCAGUCAUCAAACCCGGUGCUCUGGAGGAACACAGAGCUGAGGAGUUUUACAAGGAGCACAGAGAGAAGCCAUUCUUCACGCAGCUGGUGGAUUUUAUGUGUCGUGGGCCCUGCAUGAUGCUCGUCUUGACCAAGGAGAAUGCAGUGGAGGAGUGGCGGGCCAUGAUGGGCCCCAGYGAUCCAGAGAAAGCUAAAGAAAUCUCCCCACGGUCUCUGAGGGCCCGCUUCGCUGCCGACAUCCUCCACAACUCGGUUCAUGGUUCCUCCAACGAGCAGCACGCAGAGGAAAAGAUCCGAUUUGUCUUUGGCGACAUCAGCGCAGGCGCAGCUCCAACUGCUGACAGCGAGACCAGCAGAACCACCUCAGCUGAAUGGCCAGGCGGUUCUGGAGAUGAAAACCAAGAAAUAUCAAGAUCUACAACUGAAGACACCUCUAAUAUCUAGGGUCACCAUGAGGUUUCUGUAAUUAGGGGAUUUAAUGAUUAUGUCUCAAAAGUGGCUUAGCUUGURUAAUGGUGUAUAAAAGUUGGAAUAAAAUGGGAAUCUAAAAAAAAU